AAUCAGUUGGAAAUGGAGAAAGAAGAACAUGAAGAAUGGGCAAAAGAAGAGGAAGAUAAUGAAAAAAAAUGGAGAGAGAGAAAGCAGAAAUGGAAAAGUGAAAAAGAGCAAGAAAACGAAAGUAAAGUACAAGAGAUCGUUGAAGAAAAAUAUAAGAACUGGAAAGAGGAUAGGCUAGACGGUCCAGGCCAUUGCUCCAUGCUGCCAGCCAGUUCCGACACUCCCGUGCUGUCGUUUUUUUGCCGGUCAAAUGAACACACGCAGAUGGAGAUAUGCACUUCUUCGACGUGCGUCAAAGCAGCUGCGAAUCUGAUGCUUACGAUCGACAGCACGAAAGACCCGUGUUCGAAUUUCUACGAAUAUGCGUGCGGAGGUUGGAAUCAGCAUUUCACCAUACCCGAUGACAUGUCUCGGUAUGGCACAUUCGCCGAUGUACGGGUGAAGGUACGACGGCAAAUGAAGGGUGAGUGCUUUUCAUCGACUCGACGCAACAUGCGUUAUGAGCUUUACAACUGA